AUCAGCAGCAGCAGCGUGCUGUGGGUGUACUUGUGUGUGUGCUUGUGUGCAGUCAGAUCCCUGUGCAAAUGCGCAGUGAGAAAGACCUCCCCAGCCCAGAUUGGUUCAGUGCUUUGGAGCCUAACCUGUGGGUCGGUGCACCGCUGUGAAAAGCAUGAAAACUGGGAUCCAGCAGCUCACAGGACGAGUGAGAGAAAGGUGCGCACCAACGAGCUGAACCCUCAGGGCCGUAUAGGGAACCAUGUGCAGCUCCCUGAGCCCCAAACAGCCCAGUGGCCCCGGUCUCACAGACAUGCAGCAGUAUCACCAGUGGCUGGCCAGUCGACAUGAAGCCAGUCUGCUGCCCAUGAAGGAAGACCUGGCCCUGUGGCUGACUAAUAUUCUAGGUCUGGAAAUCACCGCUGAGAGCUUCAUGGAUCGCUUAGACAAUGGCUUCCUGUUGUGCCAGCUGGCUGAGACACUACAGGAGAAAUUCAGGCAAAGUAAUGGAGACCUGCCUGCUCUUGGCAAUAGCAAGCAGAGUAUUCCCUAUCAGAGGAUACCAUGUCGGCAGAGCGCUCCCUCCGGUUCCUUUUUUGCACGGGACAACACAGCCAACUUCCUGGCCUGGUGUCGUAAGGUUGGAGUUGGAGAAACAUGUCUGUUUGAGUCCGAGGACUUAGUUCUUCACAAGCAGCCACGAGAAGUGUGUCUCUGUCUUUUGGAGUUGGGAAGGAUAGCAUCACGAUACAACGUGGAGCCUCCUGGCCUUAUAAAACUGGAGAAAGAGAUUGAACAAGAGGAGAAAGCACCUCUACCACCUCCAUCACCUGUUUCCCCAGCUCCACCCCUCCCUCCAUCUCCCUCCUCAUCUCUCACCCCGUCUCCUUCCCCAUCUCCGACUCCUACCAAAGUCACUUCCAGCAAGAAAAGCACAGGGAAGCUGUUGGAUGACGCUGUAAGACACAUCGCUGAUGACCCCCCCUGCAGAUGUCCAAAUAAAUUCUGUGUAGAGAGACAAUCACAGGGUCGAUACCGCGUUGGGGAGAAGAUGCUAUUCAUCCGGAUGCUGCACAACAAGCAUGUGAUGGUGCGUGUGGGUGGAGGCUGGGAGACCUUUGAGAGCUACCUGCUGAAACACGACCCAUGCCGCAUGCUCCAAAUCUCCCGGGUGGAGGGCAAGACGUCUCCCAUCAGCAGCAGCAAGUCCCCCAACAUCAAGGACCUCACCCCUGACAGCUACCUGGUGGUGGCAGCCCAUUACCGCAGCAAAAAGUGAAAACAUGAGACUGAAAGGACACGGAGGAUGACUUGUUGCCAUCCUUUACUGCCUAAGGACGCGGCUAUGUAACAUACCAUUCUUGAACACAUUACGGCUACAGACACAACUGCAUUUGUGGAAGGCACACUUGUGUAUUAGUGAUGUUUUGGUUUUGUUUUCUUUGUCAAAGAGGAUUCAGUAAAUUAAUGUUUGUGAAUGGAAUCACACUAGUAGGCCCUUAACAACGCGUUGUUUUACAAAACUGUUAACAGCUUUGAAAAAAUGUGGCAAUCAUUACAGUAUAAUGAAUUAACGAGGGUAGAAGUAAAGCUGUAAAUUUUCUAAUUGUAUUUUAAGCAAUGCAGUAUAUCACUUAUAGUGGGUAGAAUCUAGUUUUUAGCACACCUGCUCCUUCAGAUAGCCAAUCAGGCCUUCAGUACCUGGCUGUAUUCAUAUGUGCUUAAACAAGAACUUUUUUAGGAGGAUCUAUUGGCAGAAAUGGAAUAUAAUAUUCAUAGGUAUGUUUUUUCAUUAGUGUAUAAUCACCUGAAUAAUCACCAUAUGUUUUUCUUACAUUAAAAUGAGCCUUCUUUAUCUACACCGCAGGUUAGCCUUCUGUUUUGAACCGUCAUGUUUCUACAGUAGCCCAGAUCGGACAAACCAAUAACUGACUCUAGAUAGGACUGUUUACUGUUGCUUUUUGUGGCAACUAUAGUUUCUCUCUUUGUUUGGAAGGGGAGGUUGAAGCGAGUGAGUUACAAUCUGCAACUACACUGCUAGAUGCCAUUAACACCUACACACUGGUCCUUUAAGUAAGUGGUGAAGGUUUCAGGACAUUUAAGAAGCCAAUAUUUCUCGUAUGUGAUGGUAAAAACCAAGUUUUCCAACAUUUUCCUCCCCAUUUUUAACCAUCUGGCUGAUAUUGUUUUCCUGUUUUCCUAUACUGUGGCUCUUAUGGGCACCGCACUUAAGUUUAAAAUUGAACACAAGCUAUGAAGAAAAAGUGGAAAAGUUACUGUCCAAAGAAAUGAAAUAAUAAAUCUUGAAAUAAUAAUAUUCCUAGAAAACCAAACAUUGUUCAUAAAGUGUUAGGGCCUUUUUCUUUAUGAUUUAUUUUUUUAUCAGGCUGAGAAAAUGAAGCAAUGCUUAGGUUGUUUACAUGUUGAAUAUUGUAUGCAAUGCAUUUUUAUACUGUUAUAAUUUGUAAUAAUCAUUAUUAUGAUCGCUCCUGUUUUCUAUGUCUGUUGUAGGAACAUGGACAAUCACCUCUACAAGACGCAUGUAGUCAAAAGCUUUGUUGAUUUAUGAUUGAUAAUAAUACAGUAGAUUUACUCAUCUCAUUUAUCUCAAACUUUUUUUCCCUGGAAAAAUAAUAUGUGGGUUUUGUAUGAGAUCACUGGCUAUGCUGAGUAACCCACAGGCUUGUAUAUAAAGUACGCAAGUCCAGUUUCUGUUUUUAGAUGUACAUUUUCAAUAAAUUCUCAAAACUUCACCAUU